AUGGCGGAACCCCGAGCAACUACGAAAUCAAAUCACGUUAACUUGAACGGGCGAACCCUAGAAGGAGGUGGCCAGCUGGUCCGCAUUGCCCUAGCACUGUCAACCUUGACCAGUCAGCCAGUCAACAUCGAUCAUAUUCGCGGAAAUCGCCAGGGGAAGAAGGGGUUAAAAGGAUCCCAUGUCGCAGCCGUCAAGUUGCUGGGCGAGAUCAGUGACAGCAAAGUGUCGGGCAAUGAGAUCGGCUCCGAGUUCUUGAACUUUUUCCCACAACACCCGAAAUCAAACAACGGACCUUUGGUGGAUCUAUCGCAAGUUGAGGUGCAGACAGAAUACGAUAUUCGCCUCCCGACAGCUGGUGCUAUCUUUCUUGUGUUCCAGGCUCUCUAUCCAUACCUACUUCACGUAGGAUCAAAGGCAGCUGCUCCAUUCAUCACAGUCAGCAUCACGGGUGGAACAAAUGCAUCUUUCUCUCCAUCAUACGACUAUGCCACACAGGUCCUUGUACCAAAUUUCGCUAAACUUGGACUCCCCCUCUUUUCAUUCUCCUUCACAAGCGUGGCUGGUCAUCAGGACCAGUUGACCUAG